CCCAGCCACUGAGGCUGUUUCUUCGACAGCGUCACCACCCCGUAAGAGUCUCGGUUAGACACAUUCCCGGUUGGUUUUCAGAGGCUGUCCGCGGACUGUACGGACCUAUCGUGGACUUCAUCUGUGUGUGAGAGAUUUCGAUGUUGUUGCUGCUUUAUCAAGCAAACCUGAGAGAGCUUUAGGACGCUGGAAGCAGACCGCUGUCCACUUGUUCUCCACAGCGCUCAACGCCAUGGCUGCCGCUUUCACCAUGCUCUUCUUCUUUCUUCACAUCUUCACUGCCUCGGCGCUGGAAUCGGCCCCUGAGCAAGUCCUCCCCGAUGCACACCCACACCUCACUGGCUGCGUCUCUGCCAACAUGGAGACUUUCCGCUGCAGAUGGAAUGUCGGCACUUCCCAGAGCCUCUCCGAGCCGGGAGCUCUCCGCUUAUUCUACAUCAACAAAAAAUCACCUCAUGCUCCUCCCAAAGAGUGGAGCGAGUGUCCUCACUACAGCACCGACAGGCCCAAUGAGUGCUUUUUCAAUGAGAACCACACAUCCAUCUGGACGCCUUACCUUGUCCAGCUCAGCUCGAGGGAUCAAGCCAUCCUCUAUGAUGAGAACAGCUUCAACGUUCAAGACAUUGUGCAACCAGAUCCUCCAUUUGGUGUGAACUGGACGCUGCUGAAUGUGAGUUUGACCGGCACUCACUAUGACAUCAUUGUGAACUGGAAGCCACCUCAGUCGGCAGAUGUGGAGAUGGGAUGGAUGAGGCUGCAGUACGAGGUCCAGUACCGAGAAGUCAACUCUGACCUAUGGGAAGCGCUCGACCUUGUGACGAGCACACAUCGCUCCAUUUUUGGGCUUCAAACUAACGUCAAUCACGAGGUUCGGGUCCGGUGCAAAAUGUUCGGUGGGAAAGAGUUCGGAGAGUUCAGCGACUCUGUGUUUGUGCACGUUCCAUCGAAAGUGUCGAGAUUCCCAGUGGUGGCCUUGCUCAUCUUCGGUGCCUUGUGUCUUGUAACCAUCUUGAUGUUAGUCAUCAUAUCGCAGCAGGAAAAGUUGAUGGUGAUUCUUUUGCCUCCUGUUCCUGGACCUAAAAUCAGAGGGAUUGACCCUGAACUACUCAAGAAAGGGAAGCUGAGGGAGUUGACAUCCAUCUUGGGCGGCCCCCCUGAUCUGAGGCCGGAGCUGUACAACAACGACCCCUGGGUGGAAUUCAUCGAUCUGGACAUCGAGGAGCAGAGUGACAGACUCACAGACCUGGACACGGAGUGCCUCAUGGAGCGCUCUUUGUCUUCUAACUGCUCCCCCCUGUCCAUCGGCUUCAGAGACGACGACUCGGGCCGGGCCAGCUGCUGCGACCCAGAUCUCCCCAGCGACCCUGAACCAUCCCCUUUCAUUCCUCUCAUCCCCAAUCAAAUCCACAGUAAGGAACCUGCAUGCCUGACACCCUGCGAGCCAAACUCCCCGGCCCAGAGCCCCACAGCUGGGGAGCCUUUUUCUGUAGCGCCAGGCAGAGAGGCAAUGUACACCAUGGUGAGUGAGGUGAGGUCAUCAGGCAAGGUGCUGCUGUCGCCGGAAGAGCAGACUGAGGUGGAGAAACCCACUAGCAAAGACACAGAGAAAGAGAAGAUGGCAGAGAAAGAGAAAGAAAAGAAAGAGUUCCAGCUCCUGGUGGUGAAUCCAGAACAUGGAGGUUACACCUCAGAGCUCAACGCAGGAAAAAUGAGCCCAAGAUCGUCCUCAGGAGACAUGAGUGAACCCUGCCAGACAGGAGGAGACUCCCCUUACCACAAAUCAGAUCCCACCCCCUUGUCCCCUCUUUCCCCUGCACCUGUCUACACCGUGGUCGAAGGUGUUGACAUGCAGAACAGCCUCUUACUUACACCAAACUCGACGCCUGCUCCCCAGCUGAUAAUCCCGAAAACCGUGCCGACACCAGACGGCUACCUAACCCCUGACCUUUUGGGAAGCAUCACACCAUAGAUCAGCACUGACUCUUCACAGCUAAGACUAUUCUCAAAGGCACAUAAAAGCUUGAAAACAGUCUUGGAGAUCGACUAUUGAGGGUCCUAUGAUUGAGUGUUGAAUAUCAGGUCUCCUAAAAUAGCUGUGUCUGUACUGCCACAACCUCUGACCUCCCGCUGCUCCCUCUGACAGAGCUGUAAAGCUGGAAGUUUGGUAUGAGGGAGGAAGAGCACGUCAGACUUUGUUUUACCGCAGUUGUGAAAAGGGCAAAGGGAAACUUUAUCAUUCAUUUGGAGUCGUCUUCAGUAUUCACUCGCCUGUAACUCCUCUGGUUUGGUGGUCUGGUCCAUCAGCUCCUGAGGAAAAUCUCUGGCUCUUCAGCAGCUUCACUGUCUUCACCAACUUGUCUCUGAGUUUGUGCGUCUGCCAAAAGAGGCGUUAAAGUUCUGUAGCACUGCAGAGUUGGUGGUAAUUCCCUGCAGUUUUGUCACUAUGAGUAACCUCUUCGACAUCACAGGUAGUCAUUUCAUUCAAUGUUAAAAUAAGAGUAUUGAAUUUAAAUGAGAGUGCAUUUAAUUUACGGUCACAUGCUUCAUAACGGUGAUUUUGUACAUAUCAGAAGCUUCAGGUCAUGAUAUACUCUCGUCUUUUUAUGAAUCCAACAUUUUUAUAUUUUUUUUGUAACAUUCCUUUUCAGGCUUUAAGAUAAAAAUGGCCAUGAGGAAAAUGUUACUUGCCAAUCAGCCUUUAUUGGGGUAUUGCUGCCAACAUAUGAUUAAAAUAAAGCAUGAGCUGUUCGCAUGUAAAAGAAUCAAAUGGAACAUACAAUAGUGUCUUAUUUUUGUUCUAAAUUGUGAAACAUUUUCAGGGCUGACAGCCAAAAUAAUUUGGAUUGCGAGUCAGUAUUUCUUUUUGAGUGCAUGGACUAUUAAAGUUUGUAUGCUUUAGGUUGGUUUCUGGUUGACAGUGCAUAUGAUGCAGAUUUAAAGUUGGGGGUACAUGGUCAUCAGUGUUGAAUUUUUACGGUUAUUGCAUUUUAACCGUUCAGGUGUUACAAAUAAACAACUUUCAUACCUUUUA